AUGACGGAAUUGAUUAAUAUGACGCUAAAAAUCCUAUACACCGUCGAUAAUGGGUCCACAGGGAGCUAUCUUGCUCGAUCAAAGAGGCCGUAUCCUGUGAGAGUUGCUAAUAUUCCAAAUCCUAUAGAUUCUAAUGCUACAACGCUACGAAUUGGUGCUGUAGAUAUCUCAACUGCAUUAAAUGAAAUAUAUUUGAAUUCCCCCGAAGUCUUUGAUUUGCAUAAUAAUAAUAAUCGAUUUCAUGAUUAUAAUCUAUAUUUUAAAGAUAUAUGUGAGAAUGACGAACCAUUGGUAAGUUUAGGACUUUUGUCAAAAAUACGGUCAAAAAUACUGACGACCAAGAUGAAGGAAAACGGAAGCAGUAGUGAAGAUGAUGAUGAAAAUGAUGACGAAGAAGAUGAUGAAGAUGAUUCUUCUGUGGUUACUGGAAGAGUCUGUUCCAAUUUUUCAGCAUUAUUAAGGAGGACAUACAGUAAUGCCUCCAGGAAAAAAAGUUCAGCUAAAAAUGAUGAAUCCACCACAUCUGAAACAUUAGAAGUCAAACUAAGAUUUUCAAAAGUGAUUACUGGUGCUUCCUCAAGAAGAUCAAGUGGCACAUUGGCAACUUCUCCUAAGAUAUUGGCACCACCUCAAGAAGUUAAAGUUGUUACAACAAAGAUGUCACGUCCAAUAAUGAAACCAAUGAAAAGACAAACAAACCCAAUGCCCGCUCCAAAGGCUAAAAGAACACAAUCUUUACCUAUCUGGAAUUUAAAACAGCCAACUGUGACUGGUUUGCCAAAGAAUUCCAUUGCACAUAAGAUAUUUAUGGCUGAUCGUAAAACGGAAGCAACAAAUAACAAUAACAUUAACAUUAACACCGUCACAAACAAUGCAUCUGCCGUCCUAAGUUAUGAAAUUGACUCCUUACAAAGUGAUAAUUCAAUUCAAAAGAUCAAGAUAGAUGAUUCUAUAAGUAAAAGAUUUGAUUUCAUGUUAAAUAAAAAAAAAUCGUCAUCAAACAGUAAUUCAAGGAAAAAUUCCAUUUCCAAGCCAAAGGCAAUUAAGAAGAAAAAGCAUGGAAAACAAACGACCAUGGCAGCCAUUUUAGAAAGAGAGAAAUCGGAACUGAACGAUUCAUUGCAAUUUGAUGAAUUAUUUGAUACAACGAAUAAGUCUAAGAACGUUGAGGAUGUCUCAAAUAAGGAAAACGUCCCACCUUCGAUAAAUGGGCCAUUAAAAUCAGAAUUGGAAUUAGAUUUUGAUGUAUUAAAUUUCUCCAAUGGUGAUAUGAAGAAUGAAAUAUCAUGGUUGAAUGAUUUUAAUUAUUUUGAUUCACCAUCUUUAAUCAUUAAUGACCAAACUGCAUUAUCGAACACACACUUGCACGCAACAGAUAGCAACAAUCAUAAUCAUAAUCACAGUAACACUAAUAUAACCGGGCAAUUUCAUUCAGUUAAAAAUACCACUCCAAGAGAUCCCAACACAUGUAAUACGAUGCCCAUUGAGAAUGAAGAGAGUGGACUUAAUGAAGAGAACGAAAAUGAAAACGAUCCUGAGCAUAUCAAAAAUAUUGUUAUAACCUCCGACAUUGAUAGAACUUCUCCCAUAGAUACGUUGUCGAUGCCAUUAAUGGAUCUAGCUCAACAAAAACAAUUAGAUCAUUCUUGCGGUGAUCAAUUGAAACGUCUACCCUUAAUGAUGCAUAAGACUUCCAAUUUAGAACCACAAGUGAAGUUUUCUAGGAAACCUUCUGUUAGUCAUAAAACCGAGACAGUUGAUGAAUAUGAUGAUACUACAUCUGUAAUGACUAAUUUUUCGACUCCUAAUGAGCCAGAAAAGAGUAAGAAUGACUUUGGGGAUGAGGCUGAGGAAGAGGAGGAAAGUGAUAUGAAGAAGCAAAGGAUAAUGCCAUCUUCGCCUUCUAUGAUGUUUAACUAUGCUCAGGAUAAUGAAAAUGAGACGGAUGACAGCAACGAUUUAUUCUCAUCUUUUGUUGUAGAUGGCUCUAACGAAGAAUCAAGAGCCCAUAAUAAUGACUCAACUCCGGCCACGCAAUAUCAUGGACAAUCUAGUGAUCCUAAUUAUCAAUUAAAGAAUUAA